AUGCUUACAAAUAAUGUACAUUACGUUGAAAAAGGAAAACUGAUUGAAUAUACUGAGCAACAUCCUCUUGUGCUAGUUCACUGGUAUGCUUCUUGGUGCACUUAUUGCAAGGAUUUCGCGCCGACCUGGAGUCAAAUGUCGGAUAUUGGGUAUGAAGGGAAGAACGAAUUCGAAAUGAUCAAGGUGGAGCUUGGAGAUGACAAAGAAUACGUGGAUCGCUAUAGUGUGGCCGUGUUUCCGGAUUUUGGUGUCUUUGUGAACGGAGAGUACUUCCGAUACAAUGGACAGAAGUUGGCUGGCGAUAUUCUUCAUUUCGCGGUAAAUCAUACAAGUGACGGAAUUCUGCGCAUCGUCGAGUCCGAAAUGAUUCCCUUCCUGGAGCAGAGCUCGAACGUGGUCUAUCUGGGUCUGUUCGACGAGGGCAGCGAGGAAGAAGCGAUUUUCAAGCGAUCGGUCGUGCGUGAGAAGAAUGUUCUCUUCGUUAUCCCCACUCCCGAGGUGCGGGACGCGUUCCUCCAGGAGCGUCAUUUGGCGUCUCCGACGAUCUUCGUUCUGAAAUCAUUCGACGAAUAUUUCGCGUCGCUCUCCGGACCCUUCACAGAUUCCAACGUGCGCGAGUUCGUGGCAAUGCACAGCGACCCGGUGGUGUAUCCGACCUCGAACCCACGCUACAAAGACUAUUUCUACCAGCAUCCGAAAGUGUGGACGACGAUGCUGGUCGACGAGGAAAACGCCGUGUAUCCCUCGCUGCGCACCGCGAAAUUCGUGGAGAUGUGUCGGAAGCUCCCGGGAAUGAACUGCUUCUAUGUGGAGAAAAAGGAGAAACGGAUGUAUAACGGAUACAUCGCGAAUCUGAAUCCGGACUAUCCGUUCUUGCUCACCGUGCAUCGGAUCCGCGGGUAUCACUUCAAAUACGAGUGGCCGUCGAUCGAGGACGAGCCGAUGGAAAAUCUGGUCUUCUUCGGCCAGAACAUUCUCAGCGGAGCCGUCAAGCCGUUCAUGCGAUCCAAGCGAAUCACGCCGAAGGAGGGCGAGCUGGUGCGCGAGGUCGCGGGCAGCGAGUUCGAGAAGGAAGUCAUGCAGAGCGAGAACGACGUGGUGAUCCAGUUCUACUCGAACGUGUGCGACCACUGCAAGAAAAUGAGCAAGCGGUUCGAGAAGGUGGCGGCGGCGCUGCAGGACGAUCCGUCGCUGACGUUCUUGCGGUAUUCGGUGAAUGAGAACGAGAUCGAUGUGGAGCAGAUCUAUGCGUCGUAUUUCCACAGCGUGCUGUAUGUGAGGAAGGGAGAGAAGGUGGAGAUCGUCGAGUAUCCGCGAAGCCGAAAGUCCUGGCGAACCAAAGUAGAAGUGUGGGGAGGGAGGUGA